AUGGGAUUAUGGCCAUUACACUUACACCGCGACUUUCUUUUCUUUGAAAGACAUUCCGGUGUCUCUUAUGCACUCAUAUAUCCCGGAAACAAUCCCGAAAAUGUUAAAGUCAAGCAAGUUAACUGGCUCUCCAUGAUCGGUGACGCUACUCCCAAUCUCGGUGGGAAAAUACCCUCAAUAAUAGGCAUGGAAAAGACCAACGACACAAGCAACGUAUACUGGGGUUUCCAAAAGAUCCCUAGCGGCUGCGAUGUAUUCCAAUGGAUGAAGAUACUCUUGGAACCAUUUGAUAUAUCUGGUUACCAAGACUCAUCUCAUGUCCAGACGACUAAGAAUUUCCUCGAUAAACAUGGCCUUACCGCAGUGGAACUAGUAUCCAAAUACCUCAGAUUGAUAUGGAAUGCGGCUAAAGUGGAGAUCGAUGCCUAUGAGCCUCAAAUCUUUGAGACAGCUGGGAUCGAGAAGACUGUAGUAUUAUCAGUUCCUGCGGGUUGGAGCGAGAAGGCGACUCAGAACACUUAUGCUGCUGCGGCUGCGGCUUUCAGAGGCCAGGGGAUAGACUAUAAAAAGAAUCUAAAGCUUAUCAAUGAGCCUGCGGCGGCGGCUAUUCAUGUUCUUACUCAGGAGAAAAAGGAUAAUCCUGAUUUUGUUAAGGAAGAGGACUGUGUCAUUGUAUGCGAUGCAGGUGGUGGUACAGUGGAUGUGGUGACUUUUCAAGUAGCGAAUAUAAGUCCUCACUUGGUUCUUGAAGAAAAAGUGGCCCCUAAGGGGGGGCUAUGCGGGUCUAUUUAUCUGGACAAAGCGUUCGAACCCGUACUAUCGUCUAUGAUAGGCCAGAGGAAGCCUAGGAAUGGCAACAAGUUAGUUGACAACCUCGAGAACGCUCGCGAUGUAGUCACAAAUCAGUUUAAUCGCGAAGUCAAAACCCAAUUUGGGGGGGAACAUUCGAAGUCAAGAGUAUUCACAACGUCGUUUUACCCUGCAAUUAAAGACCCUCAAAACCCAGAGACUGAAAUUUCAGAACUCAGGUUUAGCUUUGAGACGCUUCGAGCAAUCUUUGAACCGAUCUGCCAUAAAAUUUGGUUUUUAAUAAACAGUCAGAUUGAAAAGCUGGAAGAAUUGAAUCUUCUGCACAAACUAAAGGUAGUUGUCCUUGUAGGGGGCUUUGGCAAUAGCCAGUACCUUCGGCAGUUCCUGAAGGAGCAGUUAGCAAGAAGGGGCAGCUCUGUGCAGCUCAAAAUGCUAGCCAAUGGGGAGGGUAUUGCAUCGGUAGCAAAGGGAGCGGUACUCGCAGAAGCAAUAGGGAUCACCCGAAUCUUCAACGUGUUUGUUGCGAGGCAUAAUAUUGGUGUGGAAGCAUGUCGGACCUACGAUCCUAGGAUUCAUAGUACAAGGUAUCGGUUCGUGCAUGGCAUCACAGGAGAAGACUCAGUUAAUACGGUUGUAUGGUUUGUGGAAAUGGUAUUUGUCCUCAAGCCCUUCGUUUUUAAGAGUACUUAA